CCUCGUUGGUUAGGGCUGCCUUUUAAAGCAAACGGGCGCGCACUUCCAACAGUCAUUCAGUCUGAAUACUAGACACAGGGAAGGAGUACUGCUGUGUCGUCCAACCAUCCCCCUCUUUCUUUCCCUGUUAUUAAUAGAUACCAAACUAGCUACCCCCUUUAUCUGUUGUUAUUUUUUAUUUGUAUUUUAACGUUAAACGGUUAGUCAACUAGCUCGAUCAUGUAUCGGUACUUCGGGGAGUUGUUAUCCCGCGGGGCGGGCAGUGCGCUGGCCUCGGGGUGCGUGGACUCUGCUCUCCCAGCAUCGUCCUCUCUAAUGCGGGUCCGACAGUAUAGCGAGCAGCCCGACGACCCCAAUUUCUUUCGCAUGGUGGAGGGUUUCUUCGACCGCGGAGCCGCCAUCGUUGAGGACAAGCUUGUGGAGGACCUAAAGAGCAGAGAGACCCCUGAACAGAAGACGAAACGAGUGAAGGGGAUUCUCCGCAUUAUCAAACCCUGCAACCACGUCCUAAGCGUCUCUUUCCCCAUCAAGAGGGACAACGGAGAGUGGGAGGUAGUGGAGGGCUACCGCGCACAGCACAGCCAGCACAGGACGCCCUGCAAGGGGGGUAUCCGCUACAGUGAAGAGGUGUCUGUUGAUGAGGUGAAGGCUCUGGCCUCUCUGAUGACAUACAAGUGUGCCGUGGUCGAUGUACCCUUCGGAGGGGCUAAAGCUGGUGUCAAGAUCAACGUCAAAAAUUACUCUGACAAUGAGCUGGAGAAGAUCACUAGGAGGUUUACCAUUGAGCUGGCCAAGAAAGGCUUCAUCGGGCCAGGUAUUGAUGUGCCUGCUCCUGACAUGAGCACCGGAGAGAGAGAGAUGUCCUGGAUCGCUGACACAUACGCCAACACCAUUGCACACACUGACAUCAACGCCCACGCAUGUGUGACAGGGAAACCCAUCAGCCAGGGCGGUAUCCAUGGUCGUAUCUCAGCCACCGGUCGCGGAGUGUUCCACGGCAUUGAGAACUUCAUCAACGAGGCUUCCUACAUGAGCAUGUUGGGCCUGACCCCCGGUUUCCAGGACAAGACAUUCAUAAUCCAGGGCUUUGGUAAUGUGGGUCUCCACUCCAUGCGGUACCUCCACAGGUACGGUGCUAAGUGUGUGGGCAUCGCUGAGUAUGACGGCAGCAUCUACAACCCAGAGGGCAUUGACCCCAAGCAGCUGGAGGACUACAAACUGCAACAUGGUACGAUCGUAGGUUUCCCCGGGGCUCAGCCAUACGAGGGCAGCCUCUUGGAAGCGCAGUGUCACAUCCUGAUCCCUGCGGCCAGCGAGAAGCAGCUCACACGCAACAACGCCCACAGAAUCAAGGCCAAGAUCAUUGCUGAGGGAGCCAACGGCCCAACCACACCCGAUGCUGACAAGAUCUUCCUAGAGAACAAAGUCAUGGUCAUCCCUGACAUGUACCUGAAUGCCGGUGGUGUGACAGUGUCCUACUUUGAGUGGCUCAAGAACCUGAACCAUGUCAGCUAUGGACGUCUCACCUUCAAAUACGAGAGAGACUCCAACUACCAUCUCCUCAUGUCCGUUCAGGAGAGUUUGGAGAGGAAGUUUGGAAAGCAGGGAGGACCGAUCCCCAUUGUCCCCACCGCUGACUUCCAGGCCAGAGUCGCUGGUGCUUCUGAGAAGGACAUUGUUCACUCUGGCCUGGCCUACACCAUGGAGAGAUCUGCCAGGCAAAUCAUGCGUACGGCCAGUAAGUACAACCUGGGUCUGGACCUGCGGACGGCUGCGUACGUCAACGCCAUCGAGAAGGUGUUCAAGGUCUACAACGAGGCCGGCAUCACCGUCACAUAAUCACCCUAUCAAAGUCAGACCCCACCCAUACUGCCCUGCUAUUGGUUCUUCCGCUUCCGCAUCACCCAAUCAGCCUUUAGAACAUUUGAACAUUUACAUUAGAGAUCCCCGCCUCCCCUUCGUACGCACGCACACAGACAUGCAUGCAUACACACACACUGAAACAUACUGUGUUCUGUGUCCCAUGACCUCGCCGUAUCUCGUUAUCAUGACAGUAACUCUGUAUUUCUGUAUCGUUUUGUUUCAGUAUUGUCGUUCAGUUAUUUGUGUAUUGUGAAAGGAGCAGGUUGUAGCAGGAAGCAAACUAUGCUGAGAGAGAUUCAAGACAACCCCUACUAUCUGAGUUCAAUGUCUGUCUUUUUGUCUUGUUUGACCCUGGUGUUGCCAUGGUUUCAGACCACAGCACUGGAGAUGCCUUAGCUCUGACGGAGCUCUGACCUGAAGAGAUGCACAUACACCCCUAUACUGUACUUUAGAAAAGGAAAUCAAUUUAAUGUUAACUUUAGACUUAUACUUUUUUUUUUUAAGGGAAAUAGUUUAAAACUUUAUAACAGGGAAAGAUGACAUCAUAUGUGUUUCUCAGUUUUCCUCCCAGAGGUUAGAGGUCAGGGCCCGUAUCCACAAAGCAUCUCAGAAAAGGUCCUAGGAAUCCUGUUAUAACCUGUUUUAAGACACACAAAAAAUCUGAAUAAGUUUGACACUGCUCAGAUGGGCCUCCCGAGUGGCGCAGAGGUCUAAGGCACAGCUUGAGGCAUCACUACAAAGCUGGGUUCGAUCCCAGGCUGUGUCACAACCGCCCAUGACCGGGAGUCCCAUAGGGCGGCGCACAAUUGGACCAGCGUCAUCCGGGUUAGGGGAGGGCUUGGCCGGGGCGGCUUUGAUUGCGCUCGCGCUCUAGCGACUCCUUGUUGCGGGCUGGGUGCUUGCAGUGAACAGUGUUUGAACAGUGUUUCUGCCGACACAGUGGUGCAGCUGGCUUCUGGGUUAAGCGGGUGGGUGUUAAGAGUGCGGUUUGGCAGGUUUAUGUUUCGGCCUUCAUGUUUCAGACUCGACCUUCACCUCUCCUGAGUCCAUUGGGGAGUUUCAGCGAGGAGACAAGAUUGGGGAAAUU